AUGGCAGAAGCUGAAGACACCAUCAAGGAAGUCUGCCCACUGGAAGAUAUAAAGCAGGGUGAAGAAUGGAUAAAGAUGAAUGAGAGACAGCAGGGAGAUUUUGGGAAGGUAGUGAUUACGCUGAACAGAGAAUGUAGAGAGUGGCCGCAGGGUGCGACAGAUGCUGAGAUACGACAACUGAUUGAAGACAACUCACGGCAUGGAGAUGUGGUUCUAUACACGGAAGAAUCUGUUAAACUAGGAACGCCUGAAACUCUGAAGGAGCAGCAGCAAUGGCACAUCCUACAGCAUUUUCAUAGCGGCGUGAUCAAGCAUCAGCAGCAGGAGCAGGAGAAGAAACAACAGUAUUGGCAGCAACAGGAGCAGCAACACCAACAUCAGCAACAUCGGCAACAACAGCAACAGCAACAGCAGAAGCAGCAGCAACCCCACCAAUUUGAAGAUGAAGGCUCCACAUCGCACACAAUGGAAAGACCGCUGGUGUCUCAAGAGGGUCGGGAAGAGACAUCAACCUGCGUGGAAAGCCAGAAGAAUAUCCAACCAACUGAUAUCGGGCACAAUCAGCAAGCCAACCCUUACAUGGAUCCUGGAGAGGAGGAAGAAGCAGCUAUGAUAUUGCACCGACUGCAAUGA